UUUACCCUUCAUGCACAUAUUAUGAGUUUGUCUGGUGACAUUCCAGCACUUGCUAAAGUUAUGUGUACAACAGGACAUAACUCAUAUAAGGCUUGUCGAUUUUGCACUAUUAAUGGAGUGUAUUGUCAAGAAAAUCGACAUGUAUAUUUUCCACACAAAUCUGCUAAUAGGAGGUAUGAUCCUGAAAAUCUUCCAUUACGAACACAUGAAGGUUAUAUUCAAGAUGUUAUGGCCAUAGAACAUGUAAAUGGAACUUUAUAUAGACAAGAAGUGCAAAAGAGAGGUGUAAAAGGUCGAAGCAUUCUUUUGGAACUUAAGUCAAUUGAGUUCCCAGCUUCAUUUCCCAUCGAUAUUAUGCAUGGAUUAUUUGAAAAUAUUGCACCAGCAAUGCUUCGCCAUUGGUUUGGUACUUUUUUUAAAAAAGAUUUUGCCUCUGAAUGUGUACUUUCUAAAAGUAUUUGGAAUGAAAUUGGAACUAUAAUGGAAAAAAAUCAAAAGAACAUGCCUCUUGAUUUUGGCCGUCCACCUAUUGACAUUCAAAAACAUUUUGCAGGAUUCAAAGCAGAGGAUUGGACAAAUUGGGUGAUACUGUAUUCACUUCCACUCUUACAGAAUUAUCUUCCUGAAAGGUAUUUAAAUGGAUGGGCAAAAUUCGUACAUGCUGUAAAGCUUUGUCUUAAAAAAAAUAUUAGUAUAUCAGAAUUGACAGAAAUAGAUAGAUUAUUUCGUGAAUUUGUUACACAUUAUGAAAGGUAUAUU